CCAGAGACGAAAUUUAACCAAGAUGGAGCAUCAAUCCGACGUUAAGCUCCCCCGGAUUGUAAUCACAUACUGCACGCAAUGCCGCUGGAUGCUACGAGCCGGUUAUUUUGCCCAAGAGCUCUUAACAACGUUCCAAACCACAAUUGGCGAAAUUUCUCUGGUGCCUGCCAUGGGAGGGUUAUUCACUGUUGAACUGACAUAUCUCCCUUCCUCGAAAGUCAACAAUGAUAAUAUACCUUCAGAUGCCCCAAGGAAAGUACUGAUAUGGGAUCGCAAAUCGGAAGGCGGCUUUCCUGAGACUAAAGUCCUAAAGCAACUGGUCAGGAACCAUAUCGACCCGGACAAGAACCUAGGCCAUUCGGACAAGAAGGGUCACUCGGCCAAAAGUACUGAGUCUACUAGCACUGGCACGACAGCAGACACAGGCGCCACUAAGCCCAGUGACGACGUAAAAGACACCGGUUCGAGUGGACAGAAGGAUUGUGAAGAUUGCAGAUGAGGAUCACGAUUUUAGUUCGGUCGAUUGUGGGUGGGACGGUCGAUGUGAGAUGGUCUCCCUUCAGAGCCCCUGAUGUGCAGCAUGGACGGUGGGGCAUCUGUGGAGGGAACGAGACUGGAUCAGAUUUCCGUCUCGAUAAACUAACUGCCUAUGACUUUUUAAUCCUGUACAAAGAAUGUAG